AUGGGUACGCGCGGGCCCUAUGCCCUGGUGGACACCACGCCGGCCAAAACCAUCUUGGUGUACCGCAACGGGGACCAAUUCUAUGUGGGCCGAAAGUUCGUGUUCUCGCGGCGACGCGUAGCCAACUUCGAGGCCCUGCUGGAGCAGCUGACCGAGCAGGUGGAUGUGCCCUUCGGAGUGCGGAGGCUCUACACGCCCACGCGCGGUCACCAGGUGCUCGGGCUGGAUGCCUUGCAGACCGGUGGCAAGUACGUGGCCGCGGGCCGUGAGCGCUUCAAGAAACUGGACUAUAUUCAUAUAGUUCCCAGAAAACCUCCAAAGAUGAGAAAGUUGAAGGAGAUCAAGCCAGUGGUACAUUGUGACAUCAACGUGCCUUCCAGGUGGCAAACACAAAGCAGGACAACCCGACAUAUAAAUGUUUUCACAAACGGAAAAUUAUUUAUCCCACCUAUAAAAAUUAUUAUACCCAAAUUCAGCCUGUCAGAUUGGAGCAGCGUGCUGGCCAUGAUUGGAGAGAAAGUCUUCCCUCUGGGAGGUGUUCGGAAGUUGUAUACGAUGGACGGGCAUCUUUUGGACAACUCAAAGGAUUUGCAAGACAAUUCGUUUUAUGUUGCUGCAGGACUGGAGACUUUCAAAGCCAUUCCUUACUGGAAGUCCCCACGGGUCCCCAGUGAGGUCCAGCAGAGGUUUGGGGGCAAUGAUAAAUACACACAAACAAAGAAGAAAGUGGAGCCCAAAGGCAAAGAACCUCUCAAAAACGACAGCAUACCACCUAAAAGCCAGGAUUCUGUUUAUUAUGCCAAAGAGAAAAAGAAGACAGCCCUGGGACCCUUAGUUCAAAGCGGUGCAGAGGGUGAUGUGUAUAAAGCUCAGACUCCAGAUAAGGAGGCCCAGGAAGCACUAGAAGCACUGGAAGUCAGGGAAGAUCCAGAGGUGAAGGUGGAGGUGCCAGUUGACCAGGUACCAGCCGAAAUUGUUAAGGAAAUUGAUGAGCUAGGCGGCAACAGCCCUGACCUGGAAAGUGGUGUGGAAAAGGAAGUGGAAAGACUUUAUGAAGAUAUCGACAGAAAGGGGGAUAAGUACUACGUGAUGAAGCCGGUCCACACUUCCACAUGGGGUGAAUCGUGUAAAACAAUGCGUAGGACUGCAUCAUGGUGCCAAGGAGAGCAAUUCCUGAGCCUGCAUCCCAAAGACCUGAUAGUAGCCCUGGACCUGCUGUCGAGGGACAGUGUCAACACAGGCCAGUUGCAGGGGCCCCAUGUCUUCAUUGUUUCAGACUCCUCAGCGGCUGCUCUUGGCAGUGCGAUCUGGGCAGCCCUUCCCUUCACGGCCUCUCGCAUCCCUCCCUUCAGCGGCACAUUUCUCAAGAACUUCCGCAAGAAUAAAGAAGUGGUUCCGACUCCUGGUUUAUCAGUGACCACAGUUCGUGUCCCACUGGCCGGGAUAGGAUAUCAUAAGGAUGUGGGGAGGAAAGAGCUGGCCUGA